AUAAAAAAUUACAGAGAAGAGAAACGAAGCAAAGAGUUAAGACUAGUAACAUAUUCUGAAGUCUUCUUCUUUGCUUGUAUGCAACAUCCACACACUAUCGGAAAACGAUUUGUUGCAACCAAAACGCAAUCUUCUCUGUGAUUUCAACAAAUUUUCCAGAUCGAACAAUUUCAGAUCUAAGCGAAGAUGAAUAUUUUCAGAUUAGCUGGUGAUAUGACCCAUUUGGCCAGCGUCCUUGUUCUUCUUCUCAAGAUCCAUACCAUCAAAUCCUGCGCUGGUGUCUCGUUGAAAACUCAAGAACUAUAUGCACUUGUUUUCGCUGCUCGCUACUUAGAUAUCUUUACGAAUUACAUAUCAUUAUAUAAUACUGUUAUGAAGUUGAUAUUCUUGGGAAGCUCAUUUUCUAUCGUAUGGUACAUGAGGUACCACAAAAUUGUUCGUAGAUCAUAUGACAAAGAUCAGGAUACCUUCCGUCACUAUUUUCUUGUGUUGCCCUGCUUAGUGUUGGCCCUACUUAUCAAUGAGAAAUUUACAUUUAAGGAGGUGAUGUGGACAUUUUCCCUGUAUUUGGAAGCUGUUGCUAUACUUCCUCAGCUGGUACUGCUACAGAGAACUAGAAACAUUGACAAUUUGACAGGACAAUAUGUCUUUCUUCUCGGUGGGUACAGAGCACUAUACAUUCUCAACUGGGUCUAUCGCUACUUUACCGAGCCUCACUUUGUCCACUGGAUAACAUGGGUUUCUGGGCUUGUUCAAACACUGCUAUAUGCUGACUUCUUCUACUACUAUUUCCAAAGUUGGAAGAACAAUCAAAAGCUUCAUUUGCCAGCAUGAGCGUACUCUCCAUACACAAAAACCAAGGUUCUCAUGUCAUGUGGAUUAUUAACAGUGAGAAGAGAAGAUCAAAGUAUUUGUCUGGACAGCGGUUUCUGAUUUAUGAUUCCAUAUUUGUUUGUUUUUGCUCCCUCAAAUACUACUGUACUAAUGACUAGAAUAUUAUAGAUGAAAAGGCUUCAAUUAUUUUCUGAUGA